AUGAACAACCUGGCGGCGACAUACUCGAAACAAGGGCGAUGGGAUUUGGCGGAAAAGCUCGAGGUACAAGUGAUGGAAAUUCGCAAGACGAAGCUGGGUUGA